AUGCACGAUGACCAAGAUAAUCAGCUUAGGGAGAGCUUGGUUGAACCUACGAACUCGGCUAUCUCCACGCCUGGUUAUGACCGUCAUCCAGUAGAUGAUGGCUCUUCCAACCAGCAAGGCGCCGGGAGCGACGACAAGCCCAACCCGCCGAAUCCAUCUGUCCCCCUGCAACGUUCCGUAUACACCGUGCUCUUGACUCUGCUGUACGGAGCCGCAGCACUAUACGCUUGGGUCAUCAUCUGCAUCCUCACUGAUCGCCCAAUUGGUGCAAAUAGCUAUGGACCCAGCGAACUCGACCGCAUUCUCAGUGGCCCUCACCUUGGCACCACCACCGUACCUGAGUACCUCGACGCAUUAUUCGCCAAGAGCGAGAGGUAUCUCAGAGCGGCGAGAACUGUCCAGUCUUUGGUGUCCGUGCUCACCAUCCCCUUGACUUCCGCCGUGUGCUCGCAGACAGCCGUGGUGUAUAUCCAGCGGAAGCGAGGGGACAAGCGCCCGACCCUCAGGCAAAGCAUGGCCCUGGCGGACAAGGGAUGGACCGACCUUGUACUCUUGAAGAAUCUCGUCUUUGGGGGAUGGAAUAAGUACAGGUCCUCGCUGCUCCUCUUUGCCUUGUUUCUGCAUCUCCUAGGCGCUGCCAUAUCUCCGGUACAGCAGCUUUUUCUCUCGUACAAGACGAUCAAGCGUGUCGGGUAUCCCGUCAGCCUCACCCAAAUCACAGACUUCACUGAUCUUUUCCCGGACCGCGGACCUGACAUUGGGCUGGAUGCCACCAAGCUCAGAGCCACUCUGGUAUCGACAGUCAAUACGGUGGUUCAGCCGAGACUCUGGUCCUCAGCCAAUGGCACCGUCUCCCUCAACGAUAAGAGUUAUUACACUUAUUCGGCAUUACAGACGAAAUCCCAAAACACCCUCGCCAAUAUAUCCACUAUAGCUGAUCCAUUCUGGGCCGAGCUCCCCACCAGUACCAACACUGGUUUACUUCAGCAGUUCGCUCCUCGCAUCAACUCGACGCCCAUAUGGGAGAACAAUUCAGCUGCUAUAUUUCCCGAAGACUGCAACUCAUCGUCUGACGCCUUCUAUCUCCACUACGAAUAUGGACAGGACAAUGACGCUCCAUUUCAAUACGACGUUGAGAUCUGUAUGCCGGGAAACAUGUCACAAUCGCCGUGGAAAAACCAAUUGUCUCGACAAGAUUUCAGCGAAGAGCUGUAUUUCAAGAUGAACUUUUCGGGAGACGGGGGGAUGCUUAAUUACGUGCCCAGACCAGGAACAUAUUGGAGGAAGCUGACGCUCCACACCACGACGGGCUACUUUGGGCUACCCAACUACGCGAAUGGCCAAGUGCCUGGGCCGCUGAUCGAAAAAAGUCCGUUUGGCAGGAGCCCGCGGAAUUUCACCCGUCGGGAUCUAGACAACGAUACAGCAUGGACUACGCUCAACGCUACCCUGAACGUGAUCAAUGCCGCCAAUAAAGGUCCCCUUCUUUACAUCGCCAUGGCGCUGUUCGGCGAAGGCUCUUUGGCCGACGUGCAACACACAGUCUUGGCAGCAUAUGCCAACUCCGGCAUCGGCUACGGUGGAUGUAUUGACAUCAUCCCUUUUAUUCCACUUCUUGACGACCCCCACUCCUCCUUUAAGGCAUCGCCAGGUAACCCGUGUCUAACAGGCGGUGGUCUAACGGGUAAUGGGACCCGUGAUCGUGUAUACAACGACGACACGAUGCAUGCAAUUGUUGCGGGGUACUUUUUUCUUUUCUCUGGGGACCCUACCUAUGGGCCAACCUCGGAAAGAGUACAGAACGCCUUUGCCUCGGCGGCAUUUCUAGCCAACGACAUGUUCAUGACGAACAACUACCACGAGCAGAGUAUCGGCAUAUCAUACGAUAUGGGCGCCGAUGUACAAAUCCCACACAUCUCCCGUGCGGGAAUUAUCUUCGUCUCGGUAUUAUUAGGUCUUGACUUGGCAUGUCUUCUGGCAUUGUCUCUUUAUAGCGCGUGGAUUCCCCGAUGGACUGGGACUCUCGACUCCUUUGCAAUGCUGCGGAUCGGGGCCUCUAUCUCAGAAAAGGUUCCUCUGCUUGCGGCGCGAGAUGUCGGCCGCAUCAAGAUCCUCGACGAGACUCCCGGAUGGAUGGGGAACGCAUCCGAUGGGGAGAUAGGGCAACUGUGCUUAGGCGGCGAACCGCCACUCGUGAAGACGCGGCGUUACCGCUGUUACGACACCGAUCAUGGGCCUCAAGCCAUGGCGAGGAGAAAAUUCUCGCGGCCGAUCAAACGACUAGGCUAUUCCUUGGCUCCAGGAGAAAGUACGUAA